ACUGCACGCCGGGAUGAGGGAGCCAUGGGGGACCGCGGCGCUGUUGGCCGCCUUCUGCUCCCCCCGGCCGCGCCGCGAUUCCCCGACGGCGGCGCUUGUGGCGGCGGUAGCGGUGGCGGUGGCCGCGUGAUUCGCCGGGGCUGAGCGCUAGCGGUGGUGGGCACACGAGCGCGGUUGUUGUCACCCUCAGGGUUAUUUUGCUGGGGUAGGUAGGGGGGGUGGUGGUGGUGGUGGUUUGCCGGGCGCCUUUUCAUGGACGAGAGAUGGACCAGCGGCUGAGCAAAGCGCUGCUGGUGGCGGCGGCGGCCCUAAUCUUCUUCACCAUCGCCUACCAGUACGUGUGCCCGGGCACGGGCUGCGGCCUCCUGCUCCUCACGCCGACACCACAGGCGCACCGCGGCGGCGGUGGUGGAUCAUCAUCGUCGUCCUUGUCGUCGUCGUCGUCGUCCCUUUCGUCUCUCUCUUCCUCCUCGUUGGACCCCUACCCGGCGCCCGACCCUCACUACGUGCGCAAGUUUCACUUCGCGACGCGCGACCUCGACAAGACGGUGCCCUUCGACCUCAAAGGCGACGACGUGAUCGUGUUCCUGCACAUCCAGAAGACGGGCGGCACCACGUUUGGCCGCCACCUCGUGCGCAACAUCCAGCUGGAGCUGCCGUGCGAGUGCCGAGCCGGGCAGAAGAAGUGCGCCUGCCUGCGGCCCGGCCGACGCGACACGUGGCUCUUCUCGCGCUUCUCCACGGGAUGGAGCUGCGGCCUCCACGCCGACUGGACCGAGCUCACGAGCUGCGUGCCCGCCGUGCUGCAGCGCAAGGGCAGCAGACUCGACGCCAAGAGGAACUUCUACUACAUCACGAUGCUGCGCGACCCCGUGUCGCGCUACCUGAGCGAGUGGCGGCACGUGCAGCGCGGCGCCACGUGGAAGACCUCGCUGCACAUGUGCGACGGGCGCGCGCCCACUCCGCACGAGCUGCCCUCCUGCUACGCCGGCGACGACUGGGCGGGCGUCUCUCUCACGGACUUCAUGGCCUGCCCCUACAACCUGGCCAACAACCGACAGACGCGCAUGCUCGCCGACCUGAGCCUCGUCGGCUGCUACAACGCGUCGUUCAUGAUCGAGCGUCGCCGCGGGCAGAUUCUGCUCGAGAGCGCCAAGCGCAAUCUGCGCGGCAUGGCCUUCUUCGGACUCACCGAGUUCCAGCGGCGCACGCAGUUCCUGUUUGAGCGCACGUUUCAGCUGCGCUUCAUCGCGCCGUUCACCCAGUACAACGCGACGCGCGCCGCCGGCGUGGACGUGCCCAACGCCACGAUGGCGCGCAUCCGCGAACUCAACGACAUGGACGUGCAGCUGUACGAGUACGCGCGCGACCUCUUCCUGCAGCGCUACCAGCGGGCGCGGCGCCUCGAGCGCCAGCGCCAGCGGCAGCAGGAGCGCACCGGCCCUCGAGCCUGGUGGUUUGGCCGCGCCGAAGCGGCGCCCGCGCCGGCCGCCGUGGCCGGGGCCGCCGAUCCGACGCGCGGCGGCGGCGGCGGCGGGGACGGCGACAUCUCGCAGGAAGAGGAGGAGGAGGCGGAAUUUCUCGAACAGCAACUGGAAAACGAUUUUAAGCUGCAGCAGCGGCAGCAGCUGGAGGAGGAGGAGGCGGCUGCGGCCGAGCCGGCGUUGCCAAGUGACGGAGGCGCCCCAGACGGCGGCGCCGGUCGCGCCGAGCGGCAAGGUGGCGGCGGAGACGGCGAGGGCGGGGUUGUUGCGGAGCCGAAUGCCCCACGCCCGGCGAACAGCGACUACUCCGGUCACGUGCAGAAGUGGUGAUGCGGAAUACGGCCACUGCGGCUGAGAAGGCCGCGGGAGACACGGGAUUGUCAGAGAAUGCAUUCACAAGACGCACGCGUACAACACAUGCCAACAAGCACACCCUGUAGAGGCAUUGUGGUGGAGGUUUCAUGGACUUUAUGACCCUAAUCCAUUUCAGAAUUCUGGUACUCUAAAUUUUUUUAGUCAUUGAAAAACACAUUCCGGGAUUUGAAUUAAGAAUGAGGUGACACCACAACUUUUACAGCCUCAUCACAGAGUCUUUUUUUAGAAGACAAGUUAAAUAUUGUGUGUGUGUGUGUAUAUAGCUGUGUUGUCAAUGCAGAUAAAGGACCUUGCAUAGUUAUGGUGUGGUGUAAUGGGCUGUUUAAGAUUCAAUGUAUCGUGAACACCAUUCGUUUUGCUUGCAGUAUAUGCAGAGAAUAUAUUAACACGUGUUUUAUUUAAAACAAAGUAAUCCGCGCCAAAAAAAAAUGAGUGGGGAAAGUGGUUUUGGUUCCGGCAGCAGCGGAUCGCUUUUGGUGUAUUUGUGCAGUAGAUGUGUGAAGAGUUUAGCUCUGUGUGGCCGUACAGACGUUAAUGAUUUUUGACAUGGAGCUGUGAUGUGAUGCAUCUCAUUGUGUGGUGUACUUUAACUUUUUGCUGAUUUAGUGAUGUUGAAACGAAACAAACAAAAAACUGUUAUGGUAAAAUGUUCAAAACCAUUUUCGGUUGGAAUCCAAGAACACCCAAUGUAGUGACUGCAGCGAAAUUUUUCGCCUUUUUCCUCUGAUGAAUCACAAUUUCUGUAUAGUUAAAAUCUAUGCCUUUUAUUAGCGAUAGAGAAACACAAUCACUUUCAGCUUUGGGACUAAAAAUGAUGAUCGCAUGCAUUGUCUCGUUUGUGUUGUAGGCACCAUCGUGGUUUCAGAAACCUCCGACUCAUUAUGCAAUCGUUGAUUGUGGAAGUUGAUUUUGGAUCAGCCAGAACUCGCCUACUUGUGACCAACUUCCAAAAGUGAAACUCAUUUGAAUCGGCAGAUAUCACUUCAAACGAAGUCUCCAAAGGUUUGUGCUUGAAGCCGCGCCAAAAAAAGUGACGCUAACGUGAGACUUGUGCAAUGCUCGCCCAUUGUUCGUGUCCCAAGCUUGCGGAAAUUCCACGUUCUGGUGGCAGGGACUCUUUUAAACACGCCAACCACCAUUCAUUUGCUUCCCGCCAAGUGGUGUAACUUGAACAGGUUGUGUUAAUUUAGCGCGCAGGUUUUUUUUUUGGUGACCAAAACGAUUCGUAACAUUUAACAACGUGGAUUGUGCAACUCCCAACACCCGGCGUGCUUGAAGCAGUAAUGCAUUGGGACAUUGUGACAACUUUAUUAAUUGGCUGUGUGAGGUGGAGGAGGGCACACGACCACAUAUUUGGCUGACGCGGCGAUGUAACCCAUCAAAUCGACGAGGAAUCGGAUGGCGUUGGCUUUUAUUGAAGCUGGAAGGUUACCGUGGUGGGCUGACGGUGAAUUUGAAUUCGAUCUCUUGGCAUUGCGAUGGAGAGAAGCUUUUGAUCUCCCGUCGUCGUCUGCGCUGUCCUCGAUCUAUCCUCAUCUCUCUCCCAUCACUGAUCCUGUUUAAGGUGUAGCACCGCGUCCCCACAACUUAAACACGGUGAUGUUGUAUGUGUCAAAAUAUUGCUUUUUUAUUAUUUUCGUUUGCUCGGAGGGUUUUGUUGUUUGUGAUUAAUUACACCUGUGCUGUUUUAGAAAUUCCACCCCCAUGACUGCUUACUUCUGUAUAAUAAUAAUACUCUUAUAUUUAUAUAUGCAGUACAUAUUAUAUAUACUGUACAUAGCUUAUGUAUAAUCUAACUGUGAAUGAACAGCUGCACUGAUUGAACCUGAUUGGAAGUUGAAAACGUGUAUAUUAUUAUAAUAAUUGACAUUUACUAUAAUAAGACCGACAGAUGUGUAAUCCUGUAAGGGUCUCAUAUUAUAAAUAAUGUGUAAGUCUUAUUCAGUUGGCUCCCUCUAAUCCAGCGGUGUUUUGGAUCGGAAGUCUCGCAGAUCAGCAUAUUAUUUUUUCGGAUCGGUGGUUGUCCCAUUAGGAAGGAAAUGCAUCGUCUGUGAUUAGUUGGUUCCCUUUGCCUAGCUAACUCGUGAGGUGGCACCUGGGGCACGCUGUUGCGUGCCGCUGUCACCAUGUAGAUGCUUGUGACGUUUGCUAUUCGUGCAUCUUUUAUUUUAUUUUAUUACAGUCGGUUUGCAUGUGCAGUUGGAACGGCCACGGUUUAAUUCUUUUUUUUUAUAUUGAAAAAUAAAGUGAAAGAGAAAAAAAUAUAUACACACUGCCCUUUUGACCGAAGGAUGAGGGUUUUAAUUAAAGGUAGAUCGCUAUUUGAGCGAGUUUGCUAUACACUGUGUGUGGCUUAUAGAGGAGGGGGGUGAGCGUUGUCAUUAGGGGAGCGGUGGUGUAGCGGUUAGCGCGCUGCGCAACGAACCUGACGACCAGGAUUUGAUUCCCGCUCACGGACAACAUCGGUGACAAUUAUCUGAACCAGUCCUGGGCCUCCCCUAGGUCGAGUCAGCCUCGAAUGAGUACUGUACCUGGCGCGGUGUGUAAACAUCGCCACUGGGGAGACAAAGGCGGUCGGGCGUGGUGUUGGCCAUUCACGCCCUCGUGUACUGUGCAGGCCUUCAUAGGUGCUCGCUAACAGCACUUGCCCCAACAGUCUGUUAAGGCUAUACGGGGGAUAUUUGUCUUUGUUUGGGCUCUCAUACUAUGGUAGGAGUACGUGAGAAUGUGUGUUUUAAUCUGUAACUGCCAACAUUUCUUUGGGGAAAAAACUGUAAUACCGAUUUGGGCUGCUGCCUUUACUAAAUAUAGUUUUAUAUCAGAACUAUACAGCUAAUAUGUGCUUUUCGGCAAGUUCAAUAAUUGCCUUCCUUCAAAAAAAUUAUUCUCACACACUGCUGUUCCUCAUCAGUAUGCAAAGCCAUCGUAGAUCCUGCCCAAAUGCAGCUAUCGUCUUCUUCAUAUGACUGACGGUGCUGAUGUAGAGCAACAACUGUAUGGUAUAAAGUACCCAUUCUGAAAUCUCCAAUGUUUCUGCAGUUUACAGACGUUUGAUCUUACGUUGCUUCAUUCGGUUUUAGAGUCCCAAUCAUAGUUUGGUUUAAUCGAGGAACCUUUUCACGAUGAUAUCUGCUGAGAACGUGUGUUGUGCAUUGCCAGUUAAUCUCUUUAGAUCACGUUCAGACCUAAUAAAAUACCUUAACCCUGGUCCACUCCAUUUAACAAACGAUACUCAUUUUAAUUAUUUUCUACAAAAUAGAAGUUGGCAGUUGCUUUCAUUUACAUGACCGAAAAUAAUAAAGCAUGUAAGCAGACCGCCAAACCGGACAAUGCAACACGGUCUUUUAUUUCAUUAGUAGUAGUAUUAUUAUGAUGCUUUUUAAUCCAGGACGGCUUUGCUAAGACUCGAUGCUUUUUUCCGUAGGCUCCUGACUUUUCACAGUCGGCAAGCAAAUGCUGCAGCUGCUGCUGCGUAUAACCCCAUUUGAGUAAUUUGCAGGUAUUUCUUCAGCAAUGGGAGGUUUGGCCAAUACCAAUUACGUUGUAUGUUUUUUAUAGCUAUUUCCCGCACCUCCGAUUAGCCACGGUUGGCUACGUACGGUGCAGAAGAAAGCGCCGCUGCCGCCCAACGGGGUUUGUCGCGCUGUUCAAGCGACUCUUAUUACACGUGGCUGGUGAUGAGAUAGACACCUGUAAAAUUCAAUUCGGAGGACCGGUAAUAUUUCAAUGUGGGGAUGGUGUCCAUGAUAUGGAUGUAACACCCAUCUUUCUUGUGAAUUGUGCUGAGUUUUGGUCACGUAUUGGUAUGGGCUUCUCACACACAAACAUAAUUAUCAACGAAUUGACCUUACAACAACAACGAAAAACAGUUUUUACUCCCAAAAUGGAUUAUCGUGUUUAAGGAGUUUAAUGGUCUCAGCCCAGGGACUAUUGUCUGAACACAAAUUAGUCGGUGGCUUUUGCACUUAAUGAAAUCUCGGCAAGAUCUAAAGGUUUAAUUUCUCUGUAGAUGAACACAGUGAAGCACUGUACACGUUAAAGGAUCGUCGUUUUGAGGUUGGGAUGAGAGAGACUUCUGAAAUCAUUUCCCAAUUUGACAUUUUGAGACUCGUGUUUGUAAAAGGCUUCCAUGAUCAACAACUGCGUCGUUGCGUCGCCUUGUCAUCGACAGUCAAUUCUGAUGUGGAGUGGAUGGUAACUUGUGAGGAAAUGUACCCAGUUCGCAGGGCUUUAAGAAGGGUUAUUAUUUGGUUCUUUCGGUUAAGUCACGUCUAAAGAUAAAAUAAUAAAUUAAAUAAUAGCAUACGACGUUUCGAUUGCAACACAAGCAAUCAUCAUCAGGUAUAAUGAAAUAGCGACAUAAAAUCUAACCAAAAUCUAAAGUUCUAAAAUUAAGAUUGACUUUAAGAAGGGCUCCAUGUAGCUUUGACUGUGCUUGCCGCCAGGAUGGUUUUCAUGGAAUUGAACCUUCUUCAAGUAUAUCACGGUCAAGGAAAUGCAACUGAAGUCUAAACUGUGUCUGAUAGAUCAUGCUAAAGACACCAUCUAAAUCAUUGCUCUCUCAAGAGUGCAGUUGUGUCCAGGUGCUGAUGUAGUACAGGAGAGUGGUUACAAGUAUAAUGGAAUUAUGGCUUUUAUAAAAAGCACUACAUUUGCAGUUUUUGUUUUAAGCAUUACGAAUGGUAACAAAAACUUGUACAGCUUGACCGAUGAACAACAUUGAUUAUGGACUCACUUGAAAAUGUCCAAAGUGACCACAAACAAGUAUAAAAAAUAAAAACUGAUACAAAUCACACAUUGAUUUUGAGGACUCAUCCA